GAGAGAGAGAGCGACCCUUUUACAUUACAACGUCACACUGUCUCUGACACUACACAUAUACUUUCCUCCUUCAUUCCUUCAUUCCUUUCUCCUUGUAGCCCGAAAAAACGUUUCAGCGGAAGGAAAAGGCAGAAAGUUUUUCCCCGAGAUCUGAAUCUAAGCCUCCUUUCUCUUCCUAUUUAAUUUCACGUUGAUUGAUUCCUUCCUUGUUGCCUCCCUCCUCCUGCUCCUUGGAUCUCCCUUGCGUCCGCCGGAGUCUUCUGGGUCACAAACCGUUGGAACUGUUGUCAUAUGUACUUAAAGUAGGUUUCUUUGCUUUGUUUUUUGGAGUUUAAAGCAGAGGAAGAAAGUUGUGUUGGAUGGUCUGUCUGUACGCGGGGAUAGCGAGAGUAAAAUCCAUUCUUUGAAGACAUUUUGGGAGUUUAAUAAACGAUGAGGGGGAGAUCUGAUGGAGGCCAGAAGAAGCGGCUGGUCGCUUUGGCUUGCGUGGUGGCAUUGCUGGUUUGUUUUAUAUAUAUGUAUUAUGGUUCCUCAGAUCAGGCUGCAUCUGCUUUGGAAUACGGAAAGUCUUUGAGAAAACUUGGAUCGUCGUAUUUGGGUGGAGAUGAUGAUGAUGAUGCUGAUGACACUAAGCAGGAAGAGUCGGUGGCCAAGUUUGGACUACAAGACGAUGCUGUGCUUAAAACUUUCCCUGUCUGUGAUGAUCGGCACUCAGAAAUUAUACCCUGCUUAGACAGGAACUUCAUCUACCAGAUGAGAUUGAAGCUAGAUUUGUCUGUCAUGGAGCACUACGAACGUCACUGCCCACCUCCCGAAAGACGGUUUAAUUGUUUGAUCCCUCCUCCACCCGGGUACAAGAUUCCUAUCAAGUGGCCCAAGAGCCGAGAUGAGGUGUGGAAAGCCAACAUACCUCAUACCCACCUUGCACACGAGAAGUCUGAUCAGAACUGGAUGGUUGUGAAAGGCGAAAAGAUUAAUUUCCCUGGUGGAGGCACCCAUUUUCACUAUGGUGCUGACAAAUACAUUGCUUCAAUUGCAAACAUGCUUAACUUUUCAAAGAAUAAUUUGAACAACGAGGGGAGACUAAGGACGGUUCUUGAUGUUGGCUGUGGAGUUGCAAGUUUUGGAGCUUACCUUCUCUCAUCUGAUAUAAUUGCGAUGUCCUUGGCACCAAACGAUGUCCACCAGAACCAAAUCCAGUUUGCUCUAGAGAGAGGAAUCCCUGCCUAUCUUGGUGUUCUAGGCACGAAGAGACUCCCUUACCCGAGCAGAUCAUUUGAAUUCGCUCAUUGUUCUCGGUGCAGAAUAGAUUGGCUUCAAAGGGAUGGCAUCCUACUCCUUGAGCUCGAUCGGUUGCUCAGACCCGGCGGGUAUUUCGCAUAUUCAUCUCCGGAAGCAUAUGCGCAAGACGAGGAGGAUCUGAGGAUUUGGAGAGAGAUGAGCGCUCUCGUGGAACGCAUGUGUUGGAGAAUAGCUGCAAAAAGGAACCAGACAGUGGUUUGGCAGAAACCACUGACUAAUGAUUGUUACCUACAGAGAGAACCUGGGACACAGCCUCCUCUCUGUCGCUCAGACAGUGAUCCUGAUGCAGUUUGGGGCGUGUCCAUGGAAGCUUGCAUCACUCCUUACUCUGACCAUGACCACAAAACCAAGGGAAGUGGAUUAGCUCCCUGGCCAGCUAGGCUGACUUCUCCUCCUCCCCGUCUUGCUGAUUUUGGUUACUCAGCCGAUGCGUUUGAGAAGGAUACGGAACUUUGGCGGCAAAGGGUGGAUGGCUACUGGGAUCUCUUGUCUCCGAAAAUCAAAUCAGACACAUUGAGGAACAUAAUGGACAUGAAAGCUCACAUGGGUUCUUUUGCCGCUUCUCUGAAGGAUAAGGAUGUUUGGGUGAUGAACGUCGUCCCUCAGGACGGACCUAACACACUUAAACUGAUCUAUGACCGCGGCCUGAUAGGCACAACCCAUGACUGGUGUGAAGCGUUUUCGACCUAUCCCCGAACUUACGACCUUCUACACGCGUGGACCGUGUUAUCUGACGCCGAGAGAAAAGGGUGCAGCAUAGAGGAUUUGCUCCUGGAGAUGGAUCGGAUUCUGAGACCAAGCGGCUUCAUCAUCAUCCGAGACAAACAGCGCACGAUGGAUUCUGUCAAGAAGUACCUGAAGGCUCUGCAUUGGGACGUAGUGGCUUCGGACACGGCAGCAAGUUCAGGUCCCGACCAAGACAGCGGCAAUGUCGUCUUCAUCGUCCAGAAGAAAAUGUGGCUCACCUCUGCAAGCCUCCGACUCACCGACUGAAAUAUACGUAAUAGACUUCGAAGAUUUCGUUUCUGGGUAGUUAUUUGUUCCGUUUACUCAUGAAAACCGUAAGCGUGAUCCAUAUCCUCGAUUUCAUCAUUGUAUCCUUAGCCUUUUUGUCUGAAUAUUUAAAUCGAAGUUCCUUAAAGCUCUCU